GGCGCAGUUCCCGGGGCCCGCCAGCCCCGAGGGGUGCCCUCGGCCGCAAAAUGCCGCGGGGCCUCAGCGUGUGGAGCUGCUCGGGAGGUCGAACCCGAAGGUCUAAGCCAGAACCUAAGAGGGCCAGAAGCUGGGGUCCAAGUCUACUUGUCCCACCCCCUCCACUGGAACUCUCUGGCCCCCAGCUCUGCACGUCUCCUGCCCUGCAGCCCUCGCCUGGCUGUGCUCCGGGAAGGCCUCGUGGGCACUUCACCCUGCUCUGCAGCCACACUCACACUCUGGGUCCAGGUCACACUAGAGGCAAAGACCCCACUGGCUCAGACUUCACCAACCUGGAGCAGGGGAGAGAAGCUAAGUUCUGACCUUUGAUCAGAAGAUGGGGAAGCCACACUCAACACGUCACUGCCUUGGGAGGUGGAUUUGGGGAUGGUGGGUCCUGGGGAAAAACGGGCUUUUGGUGUGGAAAUGACAUCUUUCCUGUUUCUGACGUCUGCCUGCCUCAUGCCGGGUGAGACACCUUCACGCCUGUCUCCAUGACUGAGAACAUGGGAGUAUGCUUUUCUACCUACGUUCCUGGUGGAUUUUCACUGGAGUCGGGCUGCACUGUGGAAAAGGGGUUGGGCAGCUCCUGUGGCACAGUGAGGGGGCACAGAAGCCCAAGGCAGUCGGUAAGAAAUCACCAGUUUAUUGAAUGAAAAACCCAACAUCAACUCAGUCCCUCCCACCCCCAUCUCCUCUCUCUGGCCCAGGAGACGCUCAGGACAGCAGGGCUGAGCCCUGGGAAGGGCUGGAGGAGAGCUUGGGGGAGGUAUGGAGAAUGAGAAAAACACUUUCAAAACGAAGUUCUGUGCAAAAACUUCUGGGAAGGAGUGAGAGGACAAGAGAAAAGCUCCAAAGGGGCUGUGGGGCACAGAGGGCCGGGCUGGGGGGGUGCGGAGGGCUGGGCUGGGGCCCUGUGUCCUCAACCACUCCUGAGAACACGGACGGUCAGGAUUAAGGGGCUCAGACCCCGGGUUGGUGAGAGGGAGGUGACAGGGAGGGAAGGAGCC